AAAACAAGAGCGCCGGGGGCAAAGCCGCGUAUUUCCUCCAAAAACCCUAAAACUAAAACCUCCAAAGUCCCAAUAUUUCCCUAGUUGUCUUCUCUCUCCUUUAAACCCUAGCACUCUGCCCCAUUCUCUUCCUCUGCCUCCAUGUCUACGACCACUCCAGCUCCUACAGCUUCCACAAACAAACCCACCAAAGCCAUCACCAAGACCGUGCGGAAAGCUGUAAAUGCCCUCCUCAAAUGGCGAAACUCCAAGUUGCAGACCGAGAAACCGGAUCUCUUAGAAUCCGACGAGUUCGCCUAUCUCGUUCUCACCCUCAAGAAAAUCCCACCAAAGGCUCGCAUAAACGCCUACAAAGUCCCUCUCCCAAAUCCUCUCCAUUCCCAGCUCUCUGAGCUCUGCUUGAUAUACGACGAUGGACCCAAGUCCGAUCUCACCAAGGACUUCAUCCAGAAGAAAAUCAAGGCCGAGAACAUACCCAUCUCGAAAAUUUUGAAGCUUUCGAAGCUCAAGACUGAUUACGUGCCCUUUGAAGCCAAGAGGAAGCUGUUGUAUUCUUAUGAUAUGUUUUUGGCUGAUAGGCGGAUUGUGCCUUUGCUUCCGAAGUAUUUGGGGAAGCAGUUUUUUAAGAAGAAGAAGAUUCCGGUGCCUGUGGACUUGGAGCACAAGAAUUGGAAAGAGCAGGUUGACAAGGCAUGUGGGUCGGCCUUGUUGUUCUUGAGUACCGGGACGUGCAGCGUGGUGAGGGUAGCGAAGGUGUCGAUGAGCGUUGAUGAGAUUGUGGAGAAUGUGCUUGCGGCGAUUAAUGGGAUUGUGGAGAUUGUGCCUAAGAAGUGGAGGGAUGUGAGGUCAUUUCACUUGAAGUUUCUGGAGUCGCUUGCAUUGCCGGUUUACCAGGCCGUGCCCGAUUUGACAUUGAAGAUUGAGGGAGCUAAGAGUGAUGAGGAAGUUAAGGAGGAAGUGAAAGAGGUUGUUAAGUCUGAGAGUAAGGGUUUGAAGAGUGAGAAAGUGAGUAAGAAGAAGGGUAGAAUUCAUGAAGUGAGGUAUAUGGAUAGCAAUGCUGGUGAGGUGCUUGAUGAUGAUGAAUUGGUUGGUGAUGGGGAUAUUGGAGAAGGUAAGCAAAGUGAGAAUGAAGAACCGGGUAGUGGUGAGUUGGGGAAGAAGAAGAGGAAGAAGGAAAAGGUUGUUGGUGAGUCUAAGGGUGACAAAAGGUUGAAGAAAUCAGCGAAGGUGAAAGAUGAUGCUGAAUUAAAUGGGGAAAAGGGUGAGUUUAACAAUGAGAAACAGUUGAAAAAGUCGGUCAAGUUGAAAGAUGGAGAUGAUGAGGUUCCUGUUGAGAAAGAGUUGAAAAAGUUGGCUAAGAUGGUAGAUGAAGAUGAUGCCACUAUCAAGCAUAAGAAAGAUGAGUUGUCUUCGAAGGGGAAGAAAAAAGAUGUUACAAAGAAGAAAGCAGAUGAUUUGCCAGUCAAGGGUGAAGAGUCUGUUGGAAAGAAGGAGAAGAGGAAGAGUGAACAUGAGAAGUUGAAGAGCGGAGAAGCAAAGCUGAAGACGGCUAAGAGAAGUAAGAAAGCAACAGAGUAAUUCAGCAUAGCAGGCUACAGACGGUAGACAGUCUUUGCAGCGGGAUUCAACACAUCCGAGCAAGUAUGGCUGUCCAUGUUGAGUCUGUCUGGCAGAAAUUUUGAUUGUUCCGUAUUUUAUUGUGGUAUUGAUGUUAUGAUCUUUUUCUUAGUUUAUGAAUUGACUUUGCUUAUUUCAUUUAUGUCUUCGUGGUGGCGAUCAUACAAAAUGGUUAUGUUUCUAUGGUUUUGUGCAUGUGCUUAAAUCUGAAAUUUGAACUGAGGUUGAGUCACUCUGAGUCUACUACCUCCCAUCAUGGGUGAAUUUGCAUCUCUAUUUCCAAGAGGGUGAGACCUUGAAACUUCAACAAAUGAAAAUGAGUGGUGAAAACAAUCUCUGUAUAAUUUUUGGGAGUUUGUUUCCUUAUUUGCAAUCAGUAGUAGUUACAAGUGAUCUAGAGAAGUUAUGGCAGAAUGA